GCUCCUUAAAAGUAACAUGUUAUAAUGCCGGUUCAAUACAAUGGGGCAGUAGUGUGGGAUUUCAGUGAGAGCAGUUUUCUUUACAUCAUGCAUGGAGAUUAGAUUAUCUUGUCUGUUACCUUAUCUUGUACCUAUUGCCAUAGUCAGUAAAGUGCGGCAGCAAGUCUACUAUUGACUCAAUGUUUAAUUGUACCAUGCUCCUCUGUGAUGUUUGAAAAGACAACAAUUCUGGCGUUUCUUUAUCAAUUUAUUUGUGUUUUUCAAAGUCAACUCAUCAGUCAGGAUUCGGGGUGAUAUGAUCACAUGCGGGAUUUAAGAUCGUUGCCGGAAGAGUUGAUAUGCAGUCGAUCGUGAAGAUCAGUCUGAAGUGAACGUGUGUAAUUGAUAUCGCUCUGUGAUUUCUCAAUUAAGUGGUUUAAUUUUCAAUUCGCGCUUUUUGUUGUGAUAUCGAUGAAAUAUCUUCAAAAUAUGAGUAACGGACUAAUUGUGUUAACCGAUCACAAUUUUGUUGUAAGCGAGUGAACAGUUUUCUGAAAAAGUAGUUAAGUAAAAUUCGGGUAGUUGGUACCUGAAAUAAAGUCUCCAUAAAAGGAGUUUCUUGAUGGCAUAGCAAGUGGGGUUCGCGCGGUGACAAUCCUACUUUGAGGAGGAAGACCUUGAAGGUCAAUCUGAAUUUAACGAAGCGUUUCAUUUGGGGCUCAGUGAAAUUAUUCAAUGAUGGCAGCUGGUAUUCAUUAUCAGGAGGUAGCGCAUAGUGCAGCAGGGACAUCAGCAAACACGGCUUCGCAGACAUGGAAGACAACCCCUACAGCUCCGGUUGCAAUUCAAAUCGAGCCAACGGAAAGGACGCCUCUUAUUAAAAAGAAAGUCACAUUUGCGGAGCCGCCAAAGGCUUCCAAAUGUUCUAUUUUCUUGGACUUCAAAAUGUUUUUGAUUGGACUAUUGUUGAUUGUUGGAUUUUCGAUUGCCACCUAUCUGCUUAUUGUUGAUAAUCAAGUUCCACCAGUUCGAUACGCCGUUGACCUUGUUAGUCGCGAAGCAUGGAGCGCGACCCCUCAUGCCUUCAUGGGGACUCAAAUGUUGAAUCCAGCGAAUGUCAUGAAUGUCUUGAUAACUCAGACAGGAGGAGAAGACUGCUAUGAUAUGGAAAGUUGUAUCCGUUUGCUAAGAUUGAUGGAGGCAUCACAACACAGCAGAAACGAGGAAAUCCCGUAUAAUUUCAUGAUCGGCGGUGAUGGUGAAAUUUACGAAGGAAAGGGUUGGUCACAUUUAAGCGGAUUCCCAUCUAUGCCACAGGAGACUUCUUUAGUUAUAAGUUUUAUAGGAAAUUUUACAAAAUAUGAACCACCGCAAGACCAACUGGAUGCUGGCAAGGCCCUUCUCGAGGAAGCAUUAAAGCAUGGAAAACUUGUUCCAAACUACGUAUUAUACGGCAUGCAGAAUUUAACAAUUUCCCAUGAGGAAGGGUCAGCUCUCUAUGCAGAUUUAUCAGGAUGGCCCCAUUUUGAUACAAUCUUGAAAGUUCUCUAAGUUCGGUUAAUUUAAUUUUAUUCUGUUUACUUCACAUUUUGUUAUAUCAGAGUUGGAAGGAGAGCUAAAUAAACUUACCUAUAAACACCGUAA